CAUAUCUCCUCCUCAUCACUUCACAGCUCAUAGGUCUUCUCAUUCAGAAAGUUUGACAACUUCGCUGGGCUCGGGAUACCCGAGAUGGGCUUACUGCCAAACACGCAGGCUGAGCUCGAGGUAUUUGUCGUUUGAAGAAUUGGACAACUAGAACCAAUGUAAACUGUCGACAUUUCUAGUUCUCCGACAGCAAGACUGACUUAGACUGGUCCAAGUGAGUGUAUGCACACUUGAGCAGGAAGAUGAUGGUAUCCUUAACUUUUAAGUUCGGGUUGGUAGGCAAACCUCAAGGGGUCCAAGUGUGACUGGAACAGGGGCUGAAGCUGCCUCCUGGGUCUUCACAACGUGAGAGAUGAGUGUGUGUUGACAUGGAAGCACAAAACAACAACCAAACUGCUUUGGACAAUCACAACAUCCUGUGCAUGCUUGUUGCUCAGGAGGAUCAGAGAAAUGUAUCAAGCCUUCAGUUUUUCUGCACUAUGGCAAACUUCCGCAUUGAAAAGAAGAUUGGUCGUGGUCAGUUCAGUGAGGUCUAUAAAGCCACAUACCUGCUGGAUGGACAGCUGGUUGCACUCAAAAAAGUUCAGAUUUUUGAGAUGAUGGAUGUGAAGGCUCGUCAGGACUGCCUUAAAGAGAUUGAUCUGCUAAAGCAACUGAAUCACCUUAAUGUAAUCAAGUACCUGGACUCUUUUAUCGAAGACAAUGAGCUGAACAUUGUUCUGGAACUGGCAGAUGCUGGAGAUCUUUCUCAGAUGAUAAAGCACUUCAAGAAAAAGCGACGGCUGAUACCAGAGAAGACGAUCUGGAAAUAUUUUGUACAGUUGUGCAGUGCCCUGGAGCACAUGCAUUCACGCAGAGUCAUGCACCGGGAUAUCAAGCCAGCCAAUGUGUUCAUAACAGCCACAGGGGAGGUAAAACUGGGAGAUCUUGGAUUAGGACGCUUCUUCAGCUCUAAAACCACAGCAGCACAUUCUUUAGUGGGAACCCCUUACUACAUGUCACCAGAAAGGAUCCAUGAGAAUGGAUACAACUUCAAAUCAGACAUCUGGUCCCUGGGUUGUCUUCUGUAUGAGAUGGCUGCACUACAGAGUCCAUUUUAUGGGGACAAAAUGGACCUUUUGUCCCUUUGUCAAAAGAUUGAGCAGUGUGACUACCCUCCACUCCCAUCUGACCAUUACUCCAAGAAGCUACGUGACCUGGUCAGCAUGUGCAUCAACCCAGACCCAGUCCAGAGGCCUGACAUUGUCUUCGUGCUACAGACAGCCAAACAGAUGCACAUCUGGACGUCCAGCACCUGAAUGCCACUUGGAGCCCACUCUGCCCAGUCUGAGGAGCUUAGCUGCAUCUGCUGCUUCAGAAACCAGCCCUGGCUUCCAGGCCAAAAUCUACAUCUCUAGCAAUGACUCUCAAACAAAAUCUAAGAGAUGUGUUUUAGUGCACUAAGAUGUUUUUCUGUGAACACUUCCAAUCCAUUUGUCAUGACUGUGGUAUAGAGGCACAGCAGCAGAAUUAGCAUUCAGCAGGUGAGUUUUUCUAUGGCUGGUGUCUGAUCCUGUAGAAAUGUUUGUUCCUCUCAUCAUACCUUACAGUCAUUAGACUUAAGUUCUAACUGAACAAAUGAUUGGGGCCAAGUCAUACCAGUGAGUCAUACUUACAGACUGGUCCAAAAGUUAUUCAAAUUGGAUUAGAUUGUGAAUCUGCCAAAUGAGCUGUUUAUAAGUGAUGUUUAUGAAUUUCGUUCUUAUAAGCAGCAGAGAAAAUCCAGCCCCAUGCUUAGGAAGAAUUCAACAUUUUCAGCUUUAAGAAUUUAGUUUCUACGGACAACAGAUCCUGCCAAAAUUGAGAACCAAUAUAAAAAUAAAUAAAUGGCUUGAUAAAGUGAGUAAUGUGCUAAAUACUUCAUUGAAAUUAUAAAAUACAAGGACUGUCACAACUGAUUUGAUUAUACAGUGUGAUUUACUGCAUCAACUUAUCAAUUAAUUUUUCAAUCUUAGUUUAACUAGUUUCCUCAAUUCAUUUACAAUUUUUCUCAUUUUGCAUUUGAUUUCACCAUAUAUUUCAAACUUUCCAUACUCUGUAUUUAUUUUCUUCAUACACUGAUAUAGUUUCUCAAAUAUUGCCUCUGCAUUUUCUCUCUUCCUAUUUUCUCUGUCUGCCCAUUUAUUUAGAUUCUAUUAUUUUCUAAUAUUCUUUUUUCUUUUUCUUCUGACUAAGUUAGUGAAGGGAUUAUGUUUCCACUCACCUACCAAUCACCCUGUGACUUAGGUUAACCCUAACCCCUAACUCUAAUUUCCUCAAAUAAUUUUGAGGAAAUUAUCUUCCAAACUGGAUUCAGCUUCGUCUUUAAUUUUUAGUCUGAAUUAUUCAAUAUUUAAAAUCUCUUAAAAGUACUGCCAACAACGGUAAUGUGUUUCUCGUUUGUUGAACCAAAAUGUUGAUCUUGAUUUAAAAAAAAAAAAUUAAUCAGUCAACUCAAAACUUUAUUGUUGACCAUGGACAUAAUGUGUGUCAGGUGUUCUAAAAGGGAGAGGUACAUCAAAAAAACAAA